AUGGGGAACCGGGGCAUGGAGGACCUGAUCCCUCUGGUCAACCGCCUGCAGGACGCCUUCUCGUCCAUCGGGCAGAAUGCGGUGCUGGACCUGCCUCAGAUCGCGGUGGUCGGGGGCCAAAGCGCAGGGAAGAGCUCGGUGCUGGAGAACUUCGUGGGGAAAGACUUCUUGCCUCGUGGAUCUGGGAUUGUGACGCGUCGUCCCCUAGUGCUGCAGCUCAUGAACUGCCCCACAGAAUACGCUGAGUUCCUUCACUGCAAAGGAAAGAAGUUCACGGACUUCGACGAGGUGCGACAGGAGAUCGAAGGAGAGACCGACCGCAUAACAGGGGCCAACAAAGGCAUCUCCCCCGUGCCCAUCAACCUGAGGGUUUACUCCCCCCACGUGCUGAACCUGACCCUGGUGGACCUGCCGGGGAUGACCAAGGUCCCGGUGGGAGACCAGCCCGCGGACAUCGAGGCUCAGAUCCGUGAGAUGUUGAUGCAGUUUGUGACCAAAGAGAACUGUCUGAUGCUCGCCGUCUCCCCCGCCAACUCCGAUCUGGCCAACUCUGACGCCCUGAAGAUCGCUAAAGAGGUGGAUCCUCAGGGCAUGAGGACCAUCGGCGUCAUCACCAAGCUGGACUUGAUGGACGAGGGCACGGACGCCAAGGACAUUCUUGAGAACAAGCUGCUCCCUCUCAGAAGAGGUUACGUGGGCGUGGUGAACCGAAGCCAGAAAGACAUCGAUGGUAAAAAGGACAUUAACGCUGCAAUGGCCGCAGAGAAGAAGUUCUUUCUGUCCCAUCCUGCGUAUCGACACCUGGCUGAGCGCAUGGGCACGUCCUACCUCCAGAAAGUCCUCAAUCAGCAACUGACCAACCACAUCCGGGACACUCUGCCCAACCUCCGGGCCAAGCUGCAGAGUCAGCUUCUCUCUAUCGAGAAGGAGGUGGAGGAGUAUAAGAACUUCAGGCCCGACGACCCCUCCAGGAAAACCAAGGCCCUGCUUCAAAUGGUGCAGCAGUUCUCUGUGGACUUUGACAAACGUAUCGAAGGAUCCGGAGACCAGAUCGACACCGCGGAGCUCUCCGGUGGAGCCAGGAUUAACCGCAUCUUUCAUGAGCGCUUUCCCUUUGAACUGGUCAAGAUGGAGUUCAAUGAGAAAGAGCUCCGUAAAGAAAUCAGCUACGCCAUCAAGAACAUCCACGGCAUCAGAACAGGCCUCUUCACUCCGGACAUGGCCUUUGAGACCAUUGUAAAAAGGCAGAUUGGGAAGAUUAAAGAGCCGUGCACCAAAUGUGUGGACAUGGUGAUGUCUGAGCUAGUCAAUACGGUUAGGCAGUGUACCAAGAAGGUAAAGACCGCGGUGCAGCUGUGGGCUGUUCUGUGUGUGGGCGUGGCUGCUUUGUGGGUGGGCGUGGCUUCUCUCUGUGUGGGCGUGGCUGCUCUGUGUGUGGGCGUGGCUUCUCUCUGUGUGGGCGUGGCUGCUCUGUGUGGUGGGCGUGGCCGCACAGGCCGCUGCUCCACAGAACUGAGACUGAGACGUCAUCCUCAUGUGGCUGCCUACAGCUUUAACUGCAGACUCUGA